UCCGUGUUUUGCGUCUCUCAGUUUACCUCAGUAAAAUGGCUGUCUCGCGGAGCCUCGUGCUGGUUUGAUCAGUUUCUCUCGCUCAGUCUCGUUCUCUAACAGAAGCCCCCCCAUAUUCCGUGUCGGUUAAUUUCAUUCCCGGGAUUUCUAUUUAUUUUUUUCAAUAACUUUUAAUUCGAAUCGGAACCGGCAUCGGAGCCCGGAUUCGGUCCGGUGUUAGGGGGAAUGAGCCGGGACACGGGUAAAUUGUUAUAAAUAAUUGUAUUUAUAUUCAAUGCUAUUGAGUGUUUGAUUGUGACUGACUCGCUGUGAAAGAGAGAGGGAUCAUGGCCGCUCAGGUCGCCAGCGCCGCCGCUCUAAACACCAGCCCGCCUUCCGAACUGAAAAAGGCGGAUCGGGACCCACAGGAGGAGCCGGUACCGGGGGAGAAGCAGCAGGAAAAUAAAGAACCGGGACCGGAGAGCGCAUCCCCGGGUCAGAAAGAGCUGCAGGACGGGGCCGAUGGUGGGAAUGCAGGGGGAGGAGGGGAUCCAGAGAUGAAGAACGGCAACGGGAAUCCGUCCAGGUUGAAUAAUAAUAAUAAUCAGACUGAUUCAGGGGCUCCGGAAGGGAAUAACCACCCCGCGAUGGCACACCACCACUCGGCCGCUUUUCCUCCACCUCCUUACGGCUACAGCCAACACUACGGCCGGGCCCCUUUUCAUCAACAUGGCGGACAACAAAGCCCUGGUAUGGCAGCUGCAGCGGGGCCGGCCGUGCAGUCAGGCGGCAUGAUGGACUCCUAUCCGGCCAAUUCGCACGAUCACGGCUUCCCCAACCACCAGUUCAACAACUACAACCCAUUCCCGAAUCGGACUGCCUAUACUGGGCCAGGGUACGCCAUGAACUCCCCGCGAAACAACCAGCCUCCGGCGGCUGGGGGGCAGCCAGCCAAGCAACAGCCAGCGGGAGGAAGUACAGCUAUGGCUGCCUCUUACAAUAAUCAGAAUCCGAGGUAUAAUAUGGGAAACCCUCAGCCCACCUCUACCCCGACCCUCAACCAGCUCCUCACUUCUCCUAGCUCGGCCAGGAGCUAUCAGAACUAUCCUCCCAGCGAUUACAGCAACCAGGAAGGGACGAACAAGGGACCAGCAGCAGACAUGGGUAGCAGCAGCCAGUAUGGUGGGGGCCACCAGGCUUGGCAACAAAGGACCCACCAUCCAUCGCCGAUGAGCCCCGGGAGCACUGGCCAGCCACUAAGCCGAAAUCAGCCUUCAAGCCCGAUGGACCAGAUGGGGAAGAUGAGAGGCCAGCCGUACCCUGGGGCGUAUUCCCAGCAGGGGCCUCCCCCAGGGCCGCAGCAGGGGGCCUCGUACCCGGGACAGGGCUACGGACCCCCCACCCCCCAACGCUACCCAAUGAGCAUGCAGGGCCGCACCCCAGGAAGCAUGGGGGCUAUGCAGUAUGGACAGCAGAUGCCUACCUAUGGGCAGCAGGGUCCAGCUGGCUAUGGACAGCAAGGCCAGGGUGCCCCCUACUACAGUCAGCAAGCUCAGCCCCCUCUCGCCCAGCAGCAACAGCCUCCUCAGCAGCAGCAGUCUCCGUACCCCCAGCAACCUCAGGCACAGCCAGCCUCCCAGUCUCCAUACUCCCAACAGCACCCGGCCCAGCCCUCGGGCCAGUCUCCUUACCCCCAGCCACUCCCGACUCCCCAGCCUCAAUCACAGCAGCCACCUCAGUCCCAAUCUCCGUACUCACAGUCCCAGUCUCCGCAGGCCUCCCAGGCUCCCUACCCCCAGCAGCAGCAGCAACCACCCCAGCAGGGCCCCCAGCCCCAACCAGGCUACCCCCAGCCUCCCGCACAGCAACCACCUCCGCUAGCUACACCGGCGCCGCAGCAGGCCCAGCCGCAGCCUCCUCCUGGACAGAGUCAGCCAGUCCCCUACUCGCAGGCCCAGCAGCCGCCUCAGCAGCAGCAGCAGCAGUCUCCAUACCAGCGUUUCCCCCCUCCUCCUCAGGAGUUAUCCCAGGAUUCAUUCGGGUCCCAGUCCAGCGCCCCUCCUUCCAAUUCCGGCAUGGCUUCCAGUAAGAGUGGACCGGAGGAUGUGAACAUGCAGGGUCGACCCUCCAGUUUACCCGAUCUGUCUGGUUCCAUCGAUGACCUGCCCACGGGGACUGAGGGUGCCCUGAGCCCUGGAGUGAGCACCUCAGGAGUGUCAAGCAGUCAGGGAGAGCAGAGCAACCCAGCCCAGUCACCCUUCUCCCCACACACCUCCCCCCACCUGCCAGGCAUCCGCGGGCCCUCCCCCUCACCUGUGGGCUCCCCAGCCAGCAUCACGCAGUCCCGGUCCGGACCCCUCUCUCCUGCUGCUGUACCAGGGAAUCAAAUGCCACCCAGACCCCCAAGUGGACAGUCAGAUGGCAUUCUGCACCCUUCCAUGAAUCAGUCUGCGAUGGGUCAAGAUAGAGUUUGUUUUUCUGAAGCAUUCUUGCAGAGGAACCCCCAGAUGCCUCCCUACGGUUCCCCACAGUCUGGCUCCGCCUUAUCUCCACGCCAGUCCUCGGGAGGCCAGAUGCAUGCUGCCAUGGGGCCUUAUCAGCCGAACAACUCCAUGGGUAACUACGGGCCUCAGGGUGGCCAGUAUGGACCUCAAGGUUACCCGAGGCAGCCCAACUACGCCGGCAUGCCCAACACGAGUUACCCUGGCCCUGGGAUGGCCGGCACCAUGAACCCCAUGUCUGGUCAAGGAGGGGGGCCGGCCUACACGGGCAUGCCCCCAGGGAGGAUGGGUCCUGGACAGAUGGGCGCCCGGCCCUACGGCCCCAAUAUGGGUCCCAACAUGGGUAACAUGCCCCCGCAGGUGACCUCGGGAAUGUGCCCUCCUCCGGCCGGGCUCAACAGGAAGGCUCAGGAGGCAGCAGCAGCUGCAAUGCACGCAGCGGCCAACUCCAUCCAGAGCAGACCGCCCGGCUACGCCAACAUGAACCAGGGGGGCAUGAUGGCUGCUGGCUCCCCCUAUGGCCAGAGUAUGAACAGCAUGCCUGGGAUGAUGAACCCACAGGGCUCCCCUUAUCCUAUGGGUGGGAACAUGGCCAACAAUUCUGCUGGAAUGGCUCCCAGUCCUGAGUUAUUGGGGAUCGGGGACGUGAAACUGACUCCAGGACCCAAAAUGAACAACAAAGCGGACGGGACUCCUAAAACAGAAACAAAGUCAAAGAAGUCCAGUUCAUCCACGACAACCAAUGAGAAGAUCACCAAGCUGUAUGAGCUGGGCGCCGAGCCGGAGAGGAAGAUGUGGGUGGACCGCUUCCUGGCUUUCACGGAGGAGAAGGCCAUGGGGAUGACCAACCUCCCAGCCGUGGGCAGGAAGCCCCUGGACCUCUUCAGGCUCUACAUCUCCGUCAAAGAGAUCGGAGGACUAACGCAGGUGAACAAGAAUAAAAAGUGGCGUGAACUUGCUACCAACCUGAACGUGGGCACCUCGAGCAGCGCUGCCAGCUCCCUGAAGAAGCAGUACAUCCAGUGUCUGUACGCCUUCGAGUGCAAGAUCGAGCGCGGAGAGGACCCCCCGCCAGACCUCUUCAAUGCAGCUGAUGCGAAGAAGAACCAGGCCAAGAUCCAGCCCCCCUCCCCUGCGGGCUCCGGGUCCUUGCAGGGGCCUCAGACUCCCCAGUCCACCAGCAGCUCGAUGGCAGAGGGAGGAGAUCUGAAGCCCCCCACUCCGGCUUCUACACCACACAGCCAGAUGCCACCCAUGCCUGGAGUCAGGCCCAACAUGGUAAACCUCCAGGACCCGUUUGCGGACAGCAGCGAUCCCGCUUUCCAGAGGCGGAAUUCCAUGACUCCCAACUCCGGAUACCAACCUGAGAUGCUGAGCCGGAUGCAGUACGAACCCAACAAGGAUCCCUUUGGUGCCAUGCGGAAAGGUGGUGAGCAGUUCAUGUCCCCAGGACAAGGUCCCAACAGUGGGAUGACUGAGCAGUAUAACCGGCCUCCCCCUGGCUCCAUGGGCAACAUGGCGAUGGGACAACGGCAGCAGUAUCCUUAUGGGCCGGGCUACGACCGGAGACAAGAGCCUGGAAUGGGUCCCGAGGGGAGCAUGGGACCAGGAGCUCCACAGCCAAACCUGAUGCCUUCCAACGCAGACUCGGGGAUGUACUCGCCAAACCGCUACCCGCCACAGCAACGGCACGAUUCCUAUGGAAAUCAGUACCCUUGUCAAGGAGCCCCACCUGGUGGUCCCUACCCCAACCAGCAGCCAGGAAUGUAUGGCCAGCAACAGCAGAACUAUAAGCGCCCAGUGGAUGGGGUUUAUGGACCCCCUGCCAAGCUGCACGCGGGGGAGAUGUACAAUGUUCCUUUCAGUGGGCAGCAACAGCCACAGCCACAGCAACAGGCAGCGCCCCCAGUCCAGCAGGAGAUGUACAACCAGUAUGGAAACGCUUACCCCGGCUCAGACAGGCGACCCCCAGGCCCACAGAACCAGUUCCCCUUCCAGUUCGGUCGAGAGAGGGUACAGGCCACAGCAGGGCCUAACUCCCAGCAGGCCAUUCCUCCGCAGAUGAUGGUCAGCCCCAUGCAGUCCACCCCGGACGGUCCUCAGGGUAGCAUGUGGCAAGGUCGCAAUGAGAUGGGCUACAACUUCCCCAACCGACAGGGUCCUGGGGCCCCAGCGCAGGGCCCAGGCUACCAUGGGAUGAACCGAUCAGAGGAAAUGAUGCCCUCUGACCAGCGGAUGAACCACGAAGGACAGUGGCCCGCCCACGUGGCCCAGCGCCAGCCCCCGUACGGCCCCUCUGGCACAGUGCCCCCCAUGACCCGGCCCCUGCAGUCAAACUACCAGACUCCCCCCGCCAUGCAGAACCACAUUCCGCAGGUCCCCAGCCCUGCCCCCAUGCCCCGGCCCGUCGAAAACCGGACGUCCCCCAGCAAAUUACCUUUCAUGCACUCGGGGAUGAAGAUGCAGAAGGCUGGCCCACCCGUUCCUGCGUCGCACAUCACCCCCAGCCCGGUUCAGCCCCCUCUGAUACGAAGAGACAUCACUUUCCCACCGGGUUCAACCGAGGCAACGCAGCCUAUCCUCAAACCUCGCCGGCGACUAACCGCAAAAGAGAUCGGAACUCCUGAGGCCUGGAAAAUAAUGAUGUCCUUAAAAUCUGGUUUGCUAGCGGAGAGCACCUGGGCUUUAGACACCAUUAAUAUUCUACUGUACGAUGACAACAGCAUUGCUACCUUCAACCUCUGCCAGCUGCCUGGCUUCUUGGAGCUGGUGGUGGAAUAUUUCCGGCGCUGCCUCAUUGAGAUCUUUGGGAUCCUGAAGGAGUACGAGGUAGGGGAUCCUGGACAGCGCACCCUGCUGGAUCCAGAGCACAUGAACAGUGAGCGGGCAUCAGGCUCUGAGGAUGAAGAGGAGGAGGAGGUGGAGGAUAUCGAAGAGGAGGAGGAGGAGGAAGAAGAUGACGAAGACCAGACUGAGGAAGCCGAGCAGCCUGCAGCCGAGGUGAAACAAGAGGAAGAGCAGGGCGAGGAUAAGGCGGAGGGGGAAAUGGAUAUGAAGGACCCCAAACCCAGGGUGCCCUCCCAGGAGACUGACGCUGAAAAGCCCCGGCAAGCCAGCAAGUUCGACAAGCUGCCCAUCAAGAUGGUGCGUAAGAAAGACCCCUUUGUGGUGGACUGCUCCAGCAAGCUCGGCAGGCUGCAAGAGUUCGAUAGCGGGCUGCAGCAUUGGCGCAUUGGUGGCGGAGACACCACGGAACACAUCCAGACCCACUUCGAAAGCAAGAUGCUGCUGCCCCGGAAACGAGCCACUGCUGUCGCCGGCCACAAGAAGCCAGCUGUGACCGAAAGCAAGCAAGGGGCAACGGAAGGAGGGGAGAAAGCAAAGAGCGGCGACGAGCAGCCGCCAGAAAAGAGCAUCACAGCAACCAUAGAUGACGUGCUCUCUGCCCGGCCGGGCUCUCUGACCGAGGAGGCUGUGCGAGGCACACCAGAGAGCCACAGGGAGAACAGCAAGUUCCCCUUUAGCAUCAACCGUGCCACCCAGAGCCACCACAACAUCAAAAUCCUGGAGGACGAGCCCCGCAGCAAGGACGAGACCCCCCUGAGCACCAUCGCAGACUGGCAGGACUCGUUGGCCAAGCGCUGCGUCUGCGUCUCAAACAUCAUCCGCAGCCUGUCCUUCGUGCCGGUCAAUGACCUGGAGAUGUCCAAGCACCCGGGCCUCCUCCUGAUUCUGGGCCGGCUCAUCCUGCUGCAACACGAGCACCCCGAGCGCAAGCAGGCCCCGCUCACCUACGAGAAGGAGGAGGAGGAAGACGAGGGCGUGAGCUGCGAGAAGGACGAGUGGUGGUGGGACUGUCUAGAGAUGCUGCGAGAGAACACCCUGGUCACCCUGGCCAACAUCUCUGGCCAGCUGGAUCUCUCACUCUACCCUGAGAGCAUCUGCCUGCCCAUCCUCGACGGGUUGCUCCACUGGGCAGUCUGCCCCUCAGCUGAGGCCCAGGACCCCUUCCCUACCCUGGGGGUCAACGGCGUGCUCUCCCCCCAGAGACUGGUCUUUGAGACCCUGAGCAAACUCAGCAUCCAGGACAACAAUGUGGACCUCAUCCUGGCCACGCCACCCUUCAGCAGGCUAGAGAAACUCUACGGGACCCUGGUCCGCCUGGUAGGCGAGCGGAAGAUCCCUGUGUGCCGGGAGAUGGCUGUUGUCCUCCUUGCCAACUUGGCCCAAGGUGACAGCCUGGCGGCCCGAGCCAUUGCCGUGCAGAAGGGCAGCAUCGGCAACCUGCUGGGCUUCCUGGAGGACAGUCUAGCAGCCACCCAGUUCCAACAGAGCCAGCCCAGCAUCCUUCACAUGCAGAACCCCCCCUUCGAGCCCACCAGCGCGGACAUGAUGCGCCGGGCAGCCCGGGCCCUCCACGCCAUGGCCAAAGUGGAGGAGAACCACUCGGAGUUCACGUUGUACGAGUCGCGGCUACUGGACAUCUCGGUUUCCCCCCUCAUGAACUCGCUGGUGUCCCAUGUGAUUUGUGACGUACUGUUUUUAAUAGGCCAGUCAUGACAGCCGUGGGAUGCUCCUGUGAUCCCCCCCUUUUGUGUGUCUGUUGCGCGUGAGUGGAGAAAACUUAGAGAAAACUGACUGUUUUUGUCCUUUUUAUUUAUGCAAAAACACCUCGGAUUCCACUGUCUGCCCUCGCCCCCCUGCUUCUCACGACGGAAGGAUAUCAUGAAGUAGUUGUGGAUUAAAAAUGAAAAGAUACAAAAGAUGGGAAACCCUGUCCAGGAGAGUGUUUGCUGCCUAACGGGAAGGACUUUUUUUUAAACAAAAAACCAACUGUAACCAAAGUUGCUGUCUCGUUUACAGUGAGUUUGGGGAAUAAAAUGUGCCCUGGCUCUCCAAUCGGGGGCAUGGAUAAAAAAAAAAAAUACAAUUUUAUGGUUCAUAUUUGGAAGCUAAAUAGACUUCUGAACUCUUGUGGUAUAAUUGCUGUAACUUGGAUGCUAUAUAUUCAGUCUACAGAAACCAGGUUACCAGCUGUGAACAGACGUCUUUAAAUGGGAGGCCUGUGCAGUAGAUUGUAGGACUUUUUUCUGUACUGUACACCUUAAAAUAAAAAAAUUAAACUGUAAACAUACUGUAAUAAUACUGUUUCACACUGAGAAAUGCUGGCUCUGCAGCAAAACUGUAGUUUUUAAAAAAGUUUUUAGUUAACGUUGAAGAAAAAAAUGGCUUUCCCCCCAAAGUAUCGUGUGAACCUACAACACCCCGACCUCUUCUAAUCCCUUGAUUGUAUGAAUUUACCCUUAAAAAGAAAUCACCUCUUAGAACUGGUUUUCAACUUUAGCUGCAGCCUUGCUGCGAUGUAUAUAUGACGUUGUACAUUACACUUUCUCUCUUUCUCUUUCUCUCACCCUCUGGAGCUCUUGAUCUUUUUAUCUCGGAAGACGGAAAGGUUACACAAGUUUAAUUCCCUGCAUCAAAUCCCGCCAUGUGCUAAUUUAACCCCCACCCCCCUGCCUUGGCCUGUCUAUCUCCCUAGAGGGGUGACGUGCAGCUCUUACUGUGCGUAAACUAGCUGCUCUGCUCCUGAGACUGCAGCGGAUCACGUUUUAUUCUUUCGAAUCAAGGUGUGGAGAAACAAAUCGUUUUAGGUUCAGUUGAAGCUCCUGAUACAAAAAAAAAACAAACAAAAAAAAAACCCUGAUGAAGAAACACAAUUUGAGAUUUUUUUUAUUUUAUUUUCAGUGAUAUGGAUUCUGCAUAUUUGUAUUUCAGACGAUGUAGCUAAAAACUUGAUGUAAAUUCCUCUUUUUUCCUUUUUUUGGCUUAAUGAAUAUCAUUUAUUCAGUAUGAAAUCUUUAUACUAUAUGUUCCACGUGUUAAGAAUAAAUGUACAUUAAAUCUUCGUAA